AUGACUUGUUUUUUUCUAGGAAGUAUUUGUAUCUUCCUUCUUGACAGAUAUAUAUUAUUAAUAAUAAUAUUAUUAUCUAUCGAAGGAUAACUACUUUUGUCAAAACAACUUGAUGUCAACCGCAACAAGUGGUUGAUUUUUCUAUGCUGAUGAGUUGUCGGUCUAAGAAUGCACGUCAUUGAUUUUCUCGCAGUGGAAUAACGAAAAUCGAGUUAAGCUCGGAGAAGAGAAAAAAGCGGACGCCAUAUUGAGAACAAAAAAAAUUAUACGCGGAAAAAAUGAAAACUAUCUGGGUUAUUGGCGGGCCAGGAUGCGGCAAAGGAACACAAUGCGAUCGUAUGAUCGAAAAAUACGGAUUUCUUCACUUGAGCAGCGGUGAUUUGUUACGAGCGGAAGUGGCCAGUGGCAGCGAUAGAGGAGCAUCACUACAGGAUUUAAUGUCCAAAGGAUUAUUCGUGCCAACGGACAUCGUGCUGGAGCUUAUAAAGGAAAAGAUGGAUAAAGCUCGCGAAGAAGGAACCACAAAGACUGGAUUCCUCAUCGACGGAUAUCCCCGUGAGAAGGAGCAGGGCAUUCUUUUUGAGCAAAAGGUUUGCCCCGUCAACUUAAUUCUUUUCUUCGAUGUAGCGAACGAGACUUUGAAGAAAAGACUUCUCGGACGUGCUGCCGUAUCGCAAAGAGCGGAUGAUAACGAAGAAACCAUCAAAAAGAGAAUAGAGAUAUUUAACGAAAAGAACAACGAGAUUGUCGAGCAUUACAAAGACAAAGUUGUUAGAAUCAAUGCGGAGGGAGCAAUAGAUGAAAUAUUCGCAGAAGUCACAAAAGCGCUGGACGCUCUAUUUGCUUAGUUAAAUUGCAAUUGAAAAUUUUGAAGAGUAACAAGAGAUCUGUUGCUACCUUUGUCAAAGUUCAUUCUUAGUAGUAUGAUACUCUUAUUGCUCGUUAAAAUGAAACAAAUAAGGUAUCUCUUUAAUUGUUAAUUGUUGAAUAAAAUUAUAUCGAUAUACAA